CCAGAGCUGUGCCCCAGCUUACUCUAAGCACGAUCCAAUCUACUCCCGUACAAACUUCCUCACAUCAAAGUCGACAAAGUUCAAGAUUCGUCCCUCACCCAAUAACCGAACUCCAGUGGGAGUAGGAGGUGGAGGAGGAGGCGGGGGUGGUGGUGGUGGAGGCAGGGUUGGCAGCGGCGGAUGUUACAUAAAUAAUAAUAAUAAUAAUAAUAGUGGAGGUAGUAUUGCUAGAUCCGGAGGCUGUGGCAGAGCUGGAUCCAUUCUUCGAGUUCCCAGACUCAUGGCAUCACAGGGUAACAUAGGGAGACUUCCCAUCGGACCCGCAGCCAUCACCAAUACCUUCUCUGAAGACGAUGAAUUGGAAUUGCUCGAGCUGCAGCUCCUCACCACACAAGUAUCCGCCAGACACACGCUUACCUCAGCCAGGUUCACACCCAAAGACCAAGGGAGCAGUGCCACUUUCCCGCGAAAGGCCAAAGACCGGAAGUCAUUGAUGACCUUGUGGUCGGAUCGGGGAUUGUUGGACGAGGUCCAACUGGAGCAAAUUCAACGCAUUCUUCUGAAUAUCAACCAUUGGGACUUCAAUGCAUUCACCUUGGACCGUUUUACCUGUGGCAAUAAUUUGGCGACACUCUGUGUUCACCUCUUCAAGGAACACGGCUUACUCCAGUACUUCAAAUUGGACACUCUAGUAGUUUGGAAGUUUUUCACUCUAGUCGAACAAGGCUACUAUAGCACAAACCCAUACCACAAUGCAGUCCACGCCGCUGAUGUCACCCAAGCUAUCAAUUGCUUUCUGGAGGAGCCCAGUAUCAAAAAAUUCCUCACUCCUUUGGAGCUCAUGUCAGCUCUCGUGGCCGCAGUUUGUCAUGACCUGGACCAUCCGGGGCGCAACGAGAAGUUUCUCAUUGCCACUUCCAGUCAUCUGGCUGGCAUGUAUAAUAAUUCAUCUGUGCUUGAGAAUCAUCACUGGCGAAUGACCAUGUCUAUUUGCGCCGAUUCUGGCUUGUCAGAUUGCCUAUCGAAGUCAGAUCUCGAAGCCAUGGACGAUAUGGUCCGCGAUAUCAUAUUGGCUACGGACAUCUCUCGACAAGCAGAGUUCUUAUCCAAACUCCGAGACAAAUUGGACCGAAACGCCUUGGACUUCACUGCCCCUGAGGAGAGGCUUUUCAUCAUUCAGAUUGCCAUGAAAUGUGCCGACAUCUCGAACCCGUGUCGCUCAUGGAAUAUCUCCCGCUUGUGGUCCUAUCGGGCCUCCGAAGAGUUUUUUCGACAAGGAGAUUGCGAGCGAAUGCUGGAUAUUCCUGUUACACCGUUCUGUGAUCGAUUCAACAUCACAGUGGCAAAGGUGCAAUCUGGAUUCUACCGGUUUGUGGCUUUUCCGUUGUUUGAAGAGUGGCAUCGGUUUUUGUCCUCGCCUUUAUCGUUGAUGAUGGUUCGCAACCUUACCACCAAUCAAGCCAGGUGGGAUCUGAUUGUUCAGCAAGAAACUAACCGGGGUAGUAUGAUGGAUUCAACCCAUUCAACCUCCUCCUCUUCCACCUCCUGCUCGCACCCCAAUGAUUCCCGACGAGAGAGUUUGGACCCGCCCCAAUCUCACCUAAGCAGGAUGUCUCGUUCUUCCGCCGACGACGAGGACUCGGAUCCUUGCACCUCCUACCCCUACAUGCCAUUAGACAAUGACCUUGAAAACACUAAUCGGCGGCAUUCCCUUCCUCUGUCAGAUCGCAGCCUCAAGUGCCAAAGCAAGGCUGGCUCAGAAGACUCUGCGGAUGACGCCCCAAGCAUCCAAAGCAACUUUCGUCAUCCGCCUCAUCUGGGCGGGGAAAGGAGGCGCAUUGUCCGUCAACCGGAUAUCAACAACUAUCAUUUAGCUAAUAAACGCCGACUCUUUGCCACAAGUCAUUCGCCUCCGGGAACUUUCACCUCCAAGCCCUACGGAAAUUCUUUGGACAGCCACAUGGAGUCGUCGUCAAACAAUCGAGUCACGUUUAGUUUUGGUCCCCGUGAAGAGGACGAGGAAGAGGAGGAACGAGAGGAUGAUUUUGACAAUGGUAAUCUCAACGUGGCCACUCAAGCUGACAACAAAGAGAACCUAAACAUCCGACGGGGUUCGGCUCCAGGGAGCCUACUUUUGCAUCAGUUUGCCAAUUUGUCGUUCAACAAAUCGAUUUCGCGGGAGGCUUCCCCGACGGGUCCAUUGCAAGCCCGCAACCGCCCUCAAAGUGGUAAUGCGGCUCUCUCCACCUACGUGAACAAGCUUAGUCUCAAUCAUCGGCGUGGCUCAUUACCUUGUGAUUUCUUGGAGCAAACCCCUGCCGAUGCCUUGGACAACCAUCGGUCUUCCAGUUGUGGUCGAUAUGCCUGUGACAAAGACCUGAACAUGCGCAAUGGAAACCAAGCCAAUCCGUUGCAGAAGCGAAUUCUUCGCCAAAGAUCCGGUGAUUCCAACUUGAACUAUGCCAACAUAUCAUCCUCAUCCAGUUCGCCACACUGUCUCAAUGAACUGGGUGCCACUCCUUGUUUCAACAUGCACCAGAUUCGGAUGGCACGACGUGGAUCAUUGAGAUCAGGAGGAAGCAACGCCUCCAGUUCCAAUCACCUCUCAGCGAGAAGAGGUUCUGCUCCGAUAGGUACUCAAUUGGCCGAGGAUAACGCUCUUCAAAGCCUGCCCCACCUUCAGGCUCUAACUCUGAAGGGCAAAAAAUCCAUGAACAGCCAACCCAUUGUGAGCAAGAAAUGUGGACUUCAGAGCAAUGUCGAAUACCUAAGGAACAUGGAGUCGAUGGCUCGAGCCCAAGUCCUGCGCAACUCCCACUUAUCGCCUUCUGUUGAGAACGAGUUCCUCGAAGAUAUGCAAGCGAUUUACGCCGCAACUCAUGGACGAAGAGGCUCGCUUCCCACAGAAUACACUAUGACAUCCACGGUUCAAUGAUUCGAAUAUCAAUGCUCUUUUGGAAUUCCAAAGCGGGGGGGCUUUCUCCCGAUAGUUGAGCCUCAUUUGGGCCUGCGGGUCUUGCCAAUCUGAAAACGUUUGUGGUACCAAAUACUGUACAAGUAAUAAGUUCCUUUUU